AUGCCGACUCUAGGAUUCCUCAAGAAGAAGCGGACGAAGGACUCGACGGGCUCGCGCGACCUCGACUCUCCGUCGUCGCCCUCCAAAGAGACGUCGUUUCAGAACCCUCCGUCUGCGUCAUCAAAGACGGGUGCUCCCUCCGGCACCAAGUCCUCUGGUGGCCCCCACCACUCUGCUCACGACUCUGUCACAACCUCCCAAUUCACCCAGGCUUCGACAGCGUCCUCGAAGCCAUCCGAGCCCAUGAAGGCCCAGCAGGCGUACGCCACCCCUCAAUCGUCCCCUGAGCCAUAUCAGCAAACGCAGCACAAUGCCCCGAGCAUACAGAAUCUGAUCCACCCUACCAACUCCAACCAGACCAGCGUCCCAGCUAGCCAGGCAAUGCAAUAUGGUCAACCGAUUCCGGCCGCACAGCCGCAGGUUCGCGUCACAAAAGGGAAAUACACGCUUGCGGAUUUCACGAUACAGCGCACGUUGGGAACAGGGAGCUUUGGGCGUGUCCAUCUCGUCCAAUCGAAACACAACCAACGUUUCUACGCCGUCAAGGUGCUCAAGAAGGCGCAGGUUGUGAAGAUGAAACAGGUCGAGCAUACGAAUGACGAGCGGCGCAUGUUGCAGCAGGUCAAACAUCCUUUCCUGAUCACUCUAUGGGGAACAUUUCAAGACGCCAAAAACUUGUACAUGGUCAUGGACUUUGUCGAGGGCGGUGAACUCUUCAGUCUGCUGCGAAAAUCUCAGCGUUUUCCCAAUCCGGUAGCGAAGUUCUAUGCUGCCGAAGUGACCCUUGCGCUGGACUACUUGCACUCGAUGAACAUCAUUUAUCGCGACUUGAAGCCCGAGAAUCUGUUAUUAGACCGCCAUGGCCACCUCAAGAUUACAGACUUCGGAUUCGCAAAAGAGGUGCCGGACAUUACCUGGACACUCUGUGGCACUCCCGAUUAUCUGGCGCCCGAAGUUGUUGCAUCAAAGGGUUAUAACAAGUCUGUGGAUUGGUGGUCACUUGGCAUCUUGAUCUUUGAAAUGCUGUGCGGUUACACUCCAUUUUGGGACGCCGGCUCGCCUAUGAAUAUUUACAGGAAUAUCGUCGAGGGUCGUGUGAAGUAUCCCCCUUACAUACACCCAGAUGCGCAAGAUCUACUGCAGAAACUCAUCACUCCCGAUCUGACGAAGCGACUUGGCAACCUUCACGGAGGUAGCAAGGACGUGAUGAACCAUCCUUGGUUUGCUGAAGUGACUUGGGAACGGUUGCAAAAGAAGGAUAUCGAUGCACCUUAUGUACCGCCCGUUCGAGCCGGCGUCGGCGACGCCAGCCAGUUCGACAAAUAUCCAGAGGAGACAGAGGCAUACGGUCAGACUGGGGAGGAUCCGUGA